AGUUUGUCAUUGUCUAUGGUGUACCAAGUGGUGUUGCGCGGUAUUGCGUGAUUUAUUGUUGAUUUUACAGUAAAUAUGGCUAAAGGCGAUAAAGAUCUCGAAAAACCUAUAGUGAAUAAUGAAUUACCGAAUCCUGAGUGCCGGAGCACAGAUCAAGAUGAUGGGGAGUCUCAACAGGAGCAACCAUUGGACAUUGGGGAGCAUUAUUUGGUCCGGCGUUCGGAUGAGUCAUGGCACCCGGCGGAGAUCAUUCAGACUCGGUACAAUAAUGCAGACUCCUGUUACGAAUACUACGUGCACUAUGUGGGCUACGAUCGCCGGCUUGACGAAUGGGUUUCCCGCCAUCGAGUUAUGUCCGAUAGGUUUGACAUGUGCGAACAAUCUAACAACAGCAUAAACUCGGACCAUCUCCUCACAGAUAAAUCCGGUCGCAAAAUAACGCGGAACCAGAAACGUAAACAUGACGAGAUCAACCACGUCCAGAAAUCCUAUGCGGAGAUGGACCCCACCACUGCAGCAUUGGAAAAAGAACACGAAGCUAUCACCAAAGUAAAAUACAUAGACAGAAUACAAAUUGGCAAAUAUGAAAUAGAUACAUGGUAUUUUAGCCCCUAUCCUGAUGAAUACGGAAAACAGUCAAAACUAUGGCUUUGUGAAUAUUGUUUAAAAUACAUGAGAAUGGAAAAAACAUACAGACAACAUGUAAAUGAAUGCACCUCCAGACAGCCUCAAGGAAGCGAAAUCUAUAGAAAAGGUACAAUAGCUAUAUUCGAAGCUGACGGUAAGGAACAUAAGAUCUAUUGCCAAAAUUUGUGUUUACUAGCAAAACUGUUCUUGGACCACAAGACCCUUUACUUUGACAUAGAGCAGUUUUUGUUUUACAUUCUCUGUGAAGUGGACAAACAAGGAGCCCACCUGGUGGGGUACUUCUCCAAAGAGAAGGAUUCUCCGGAAGGCAACAAUGUGGCGUGCAUACUGACACUACCUCCGUACCAGAGACAAGGCUAUGGGAAGCUGCUCAUCGCAUUUAGCUAUGAACUCUCAAGAUUAGAGCAAGUGGUAGGAAGCCCAGAAAAACCCUUGUCAGACCUUGGGAAACUAAGCUAUAGGUCCUACUGGUCAUAUAUCCUCCUGGAAGUGUUGAGUGCCAGCCGAGGGACAUUAAGUAUUAAAGAUUUAAGCUCUAUGACAGGCAUAUCUCAAACAGAUAUAAUUUCAACUCUCCAAUCCAUGAACAUGGUGAAAUACUGGAAGGGACAGCAUGUCAUCUGUGUUACUCCAAAGAUAGUGGCCGAGCAAUUGGCCAGUUCCCACUUCAAAAAACCCAGGCUGUGUGUAGACCCCUCAGCAUUACGCUGGACUCCACCUAACAAACAAGGAAACUCAACUAAGGCUAAAAAGUAGUACAGGCUUGCAGGCAGGGCAUAGAGAAAAACUACAAAAUUGUAUUUCUCUUGGUAUAAUGCCUGUAAGCUUGCAGAACUAUUUAAACUUAGUCUUAAUUUUAUUAUUGAUGGUCUGGAUCAAGUUGUAUUGAGAUGUAGAAUUUUAUUAAGCUAAAUUUGAUAUUGUUAUCUUUGAAUGGCUACCACAUGCAUUUUUAAACAAACCAGUAUAGAAAGGAUGACCUAAGGAUGUUUUCAUAUAGCUUCCAGAUAUGUAUAAAUAAACAUUUUAUAUACAGUAAAAAGUUUAAUGUAAGUACAUAAUGUACUUAAAUUUUAUUCAAUAAAAGGUGUAAAUUAUACCUAAUUAUUAAGCAGAUUGAACCAUUUUGUGAAUUAUGUUAGUAUUUGUAACUACAGCAGUUGUCUCUAUUCUGACUUGCCUUUUAACAUUUGUGGGGCAAAUCAAUGUAAACAGGUAUCAAUAAUUGAGAGUGACACUCAAUAAUUAACUAUUAAAUAACAUGAUUUUGUCAAACAUCAUGGUGGCAUGGUCAAUUCAAACACCUAGUUAUAAAUUGCAUAUUUCUCAAUUUCUCAUUAAAGUAUUAUAAUCAUUACUAUGUUUUAUGAGUUCAAUCAAGAUCUGCAUAAAUAUUGAUACCUAGUAUAAAAAGUUUGAGUACCUACAGACUGUUUCUGACUGCCAUGGUUGGUUUCAGGACUUUCAGUGAUGUCAAUGUAUCUAUGAACAGUAGA